AUGAUAUUCAGCUUAAUUUUGGUGCUCGUAUCUUGCUUUCGCUGUUUAGAGGCCACCACAUUUAUAACAACGGAUAGUCAUGUAGAGCCACCGCUCUAUCAGCAGCCGAUUAAUGAGCAAUUCGAAAUGUUGGAUCUACUCGACUUAGGCGAUCGACCACAGCGUCUGGAGCAGCCGAAUUUGCGAAAUUCGGCAUCAAAGUUUUUGCUGGAGGUAUACAAUGAGAUAAGCGAGUCACAGGAACCAGAGGAGGUGCUGCAUCAGCGGCACAAGCGUUCCGUCGAUGAUGACAUACUCAUUUCCAACGAGGAUCGUCAGGAGAUAGCCAGUUGUAACAGCAUCCUGACCUUUUCUAGUCGCUUGAAACGCAACGAAUGCCACACGGAUCUGCACAUAACUUUCAAUACGAAUGAUGUGCCCUUGGACUUGACACUCGUGCAGGCCAUGUUGCGGGUGUACAAACAGCCCAGUCUGGAUGCUGGCAAUCAGAAUCUGACAAUUUCCAUAUACAGACGGCUCUAUGCCAGACAACAGGACACGAAUAUUGUCAACUAUCGCAUACUGCAUUCGGUCAAUACGACUGCCAAUUUCAAGGGCUGGCUGGAAUUCAAUUUGACGCAAACAUUGCGUUUUUGGCUGCAACACAAGACGCUGGAGCAACUACAGCAGGGCCACGAGGUGCGCAUAUCGGUGACUGAAGCGGAUGAGGUACACCUGAGUGCCCUGGACAGUGGCAUUAUGCCGCCGCACUCGGGGCUCUCGAGUAUGGAGCCCUAUAUUGUGGGCUACUUUAACGGCCCCGAGCUGUUGGUGAAGAUACAAAAGUUGCGCUUUAAACGCGAGCUGCACAAACGAAAAGCCACGCUACCGAGUGGUAUGAUGAAAGCGCCUCCCGUUGAGCAUUAUCGCCCCCCACAGUCCUGCGAGCGUCUCAAUUUCACGGUGGACUUUAAAGAGCUGCAGAUGCACAAUUGGGUGAUAGCGCCCAAAAAGUUCGAGGCUUAUUUCUGUGGCGGUGGCUGCAAUUUUCCGCUCGGCACCAAAAUGAAUGCCACAAAUCAUGCCAUUGUACAGACCUUGAUGCAUCUGAAGCAGCCCCAUUUGCCCAAACCCUGCUGUGUGCCCACCGUCCUCGGCGCCAUUACCAUAUUGCGCUAUUUAAGCGAGGAUAUCAUCGAUUUGACUAAGUACCAGAAGGCGGUCGCCAGGGAAUGUGGCUGUCAUUAG